AUGGCUUCCAACCCUCCCGCUGCCUGCUGUGCCUCUGGUUUCAAGCACGAAGGUACACCCACUGGCGAGACCAAGAACAUCAACGGAGUCGAUACCUAUAUCGUCUAUCCUAAGAACAAUAAGACCCCCGAGAAGGCCAUUCUCUUCCUGACCGAUAUCUUCGGCAUCUUCACCAAUGCGCAGAUCCUCGCCGACGAGUACGCCAACAAUGGCUACCUGACCAUUAUCCCGGAUCUUUUCCAGGGCGACAAGAUCAACCCCAGCGACAUGGCGACUGGCAAGGCCGACCUGCCCGCAUGGCUCCCCAAUCACCAGCCCGCGAACGUCGAACCCGUUAUCGACUCGACUCUUAAGUAUAUCCGUGAGACUCUUGGCGUCAAGAGGGUCGGCGCUGUUGGCUACUGCUUCGGCGGUAAGUACGUCUGCCGCAACCUCAAGCCCGGCCAGAUUGAUGUUGGUUACACUGCGCACCCUUCGUUCAUCUCCCACGAGGAACUCAGUGCCAUCAAGGGUCCCUUUUCUAUCGCUGCUGCUGAGAUCGACUCGAUCUUCACUACCCAGCUUCGCCACGAGUCCGAGGAGAUUCUCAUCAAGGCUGGUCAGCCGUGGCAGAUCAACCUGUUCAGUGGUGUCAGCCACGGCUUCGGUGUGCGCGCCGAUCUGAGCGACCCCAAGCAGAAGUGGGCUAAAGAGCAGGCCUUCUGCCAGGCUGUCGCUUGGUUCAACCAGUACCUGUAA